AUAUAAUCGUAAUCGAUUAUAGUAUACACCUUAGGAGGAUGGCAACAGGCCGGGGGUGACGUCAGCGUUUGUUGUUGAACGGAACCACGAGGUUUAACAUGUUUCAUAUAAUUAUUCUUGACUAUUAAUAAAGUUGUAUUUAAUUUAAACUGUGUGUUUAUUGAACAUAACAUGGUGUCAGAAGUAUAAACCGAAAGAUGGAAAGUUUUAAGCCGCCAGAAGAAAUAAGUUUUUCAAUUGGUAACGUUGCUGAAAGUUGGAAGAGGUGGUAUCAAAAGUUUACGAACUAUAUGCUUGCUACUGAAAAAGAUGAGAAACCGGAUCGAACGAAAAUUGCCAUCCUCCUCAAUCUUCUUGGAAAUGAAGGUGUGGAAGUAUUUAAUACUUUUAAAUUUGAGGGGAAUGAAUCGUCUGAAAAAUAUACUGACGUGGUUGCCAAAUUCCAAGAGUAUUGCGUUCCUAGGCAGAAUAUUGUCUUUGAGCGCUAUAAAUUUUUCUCAUGUUCACAGCAAGAAGGCCAAUCGUUCGAUGUAUAUUUAACUCAGCUGAAAACGCUUGCUGCCUCAUGUGAGUUUUCGACUCAGGAAGAAUCUCUCAUAAGAGACCGUGUUUUCUCAUGUUCGCAGCAAGAAGGCCAAUCGUUUGAUGUAUACUUAACUCAGCUGAAAACGCUUGCUGCCUCAUGUGAGUUUUCGACUCAGGAAGAAUCUCUCAUAAGAGACCGUGUUGUGGUAGGGAUUCGAGAUAAAGUGCUACAAGAACGUCUAUUACGAGAACCGCAACUGACUCUGCAAAAA